AUGUUUCCAUGUUCAGACUGUUUUAGGUGCUUGUUGAGUUACGUUAGUUUUGCUUUUAAUUGUAAACGUGCAAGAUGAUGUUCUAUUACAGAAUUUUAAAACUUUGAUAUUUAUAAACUCGGAUGUGGUAUAUAACGAAUUCACAGUUGUUGACCACGAGGUCGUCGGGUGUCGUCUUAUCCAAGUCAAGUCGCUUAGUGUAAAUUGUCGGCCCAUUCGAGCCAUUAAAAAUGUCCAACAGCACACCUUUGAAAGGAUCUCUAACUGUCAGCAAGUAACAGCGUCCACACACCAUCUAACCUAAAAGCCGCACGUGUACUCAAACGGAGAGUUUGUCAAAAUAGAAGGUGAAGAGCACGGUGGGAAGUACAGCAAGGAUUCACACUCACAUUUGGAUACAUUUGACGUGAACAGCUGUUGCUGUUGCGCCUUCAAACCAUGGCAACAACAGCCGACCAAGUGAUGGCAGCCGCGGUGGUCCCUACCACCAAUGGGCAGCAAUCGAAGCUGAGUGUCGGAACUAAAUUGCAAGCGAACACGACCUUAAACUCAGAAUCCAAUCCAAAAAAGAAAAAGGAGCAGCAACAGCAUCAAUUGGAGAACAUUAAGGUAGCUCCUUCCAAGCUAAAUGAAAUGUCUGGUCCUAAAAAGAAAAUGGUGUCCGUGCCAUCCGAAAAAACUCGCGUUUAUAAAAUUGUUCUAACUGGCGGUCCAUGCGGUGGCAAGACAACAGGCCAGAGUCGUCUAUGCACAUUCUUUGAGAAUCUGGGCUGGAGGGUGUUCCGCGUGCCUGAAACGGCGACAGUCCUACUCAGCGGAGGCGUCAAAUUCUCAGAUCUAACCGACGACGAGGACCCGCUCACGCCAAGCACCUUCGUUCACAAAGAGCUGCCCUUUGCUGCACCGGAGCACAGCAUGAUCGAUCUGACUGCAUCCUGUCCACGUUGCCUGGCCAAGGCUGCAUCCAAGUCCUAUCACAGCGAAGCUUCUAAAUUUCAGGAGAACUUGAUACGCACCAUGGUGCAAAUUGAGAAUACAUAUUUUCAGCUGGGCAAUUCGAGCACACGCAAUUGUUUGAUCAUCUGCGAUCGGGGCGUUAUGGAUGCCAGCGCCUAUAUCCCCAAGAAGGAGUGGGAGAAUAUGAUGGCGCAAAAUAAUUGGAAUCCCAUUGAGAUGCGCGACAAUCGAUACAAUCAAGUCUUGCAUCUGGUCUCAGCUGCCAACGGAGCUGAGGAAUUCUACUCCACAGAGGAUCACGCCUGUCGCUCUGAAGGCGUUGAGCUGGCCCGUGAGCUGGACUACAAAUCGGCCGCCGCCUGGGUGGGUCAUCCCUACUUCGAUGUGAUAGAUAACUCCACCAAUUUUGAGGCGAAGAUGAAUCGCAUGAUUGAAUCCGUGUGCCAAAAGGUGGGCAUCGAUACGGGCGACCGAUUGCAAUCCACCUCAAGGAAGCUCAAGUUCUUGGUCAAGGGUCUGCCGGCUGCCAGCGUCUUUCCGGCGCCGUUCCAAGACUUCGACGUGGUGCAUCACUAUCUGUUGUCUGGCGGGCCCAAGGUGCAGGCGCGUCUGCGCAAACGCGGCCAGAAGAAACACUGGAGCUAUACACAUACACAGCGCCGUCCCGACGUUGACGGUCAGACACGCAUCGAGGUGAAGACCCAGCUAACGUAUCGUGACUAUUUGACUUUUCUGGCCCAGGUGGAUAAUGCGCACUUUACCAUCUAUAAGACGCGUCGCUGCUUUUUGAUCAACAAUCAAUAUUUCCAACUGGAUAUCUACAAGGAGCCCGGUCAUCCACGCUGCAAAAACCUAGUGCUAUUGGAGACCUACUCCUCGUUGACGGGCGAUGCGCUACAGAAAUGCAUGCCCACAUUUUUGAACAUUGUUAAGGAGGUUACCGGCGAUCCGGACUACUCAAUGUUCAAUCUGUCACUGCGAAAGGACUGGAAACAGUGCCGUCCGACGACGCAUGGUAAGCAAAAGAAGCAGCAGCCGGAGACGCAACGCCAGCCGUCAAAAUCUUCGCCUGAGAGGGAAGAAUAUCAUCCGUAUGAUGAGAACAGCGACUAAGGCCUAGUUACUAUUACUAUUACACAUCAAAUGCUUGUGCUGGCGCGAUCAAA